UCACUCAGCUGCCACUGCACUUCCAGACUCUCACACACUCAGACUCACACACUCCCACUGUCGCUCACAACAUACAGACGCAGCAUACACUCCAGAAGAAGGUAUGGGGUUCCAGACAGACUGUGUGAUCAUGUCCAUGGUCUUCAGCAUAAUGACUGCUGCCAGUGCUGCUGUGGGGGUGUGUCCAUCUCCAUGUUCCUGCACGGGGGGCGUGGUCGACUGUAGCGGGCGUGGCCUCACCACCUCCAGCAUGCCCUCUUCCUUCCCCACGGGCACCACAGAGCUUCGUCUCUAUGACAACCACCUAACAGCACUGCCUGUCGGAGUGCUGGAUGCACUAACUGGUCUGAGGAGCGUCUCGUUGCACGGCAACCCCUGGUCAUGUGACUGCGGCAUCCUCUACCUGCGAGGAUGGCUUCUCAAGCAGAGGAACGAUGGCCUCGUAAGGAACGUGAGCUGUAGUUCUCCCCCUGGUCUGCAGGGGACGCUGGUGGUGAAUCUGGUGGAACACGACUUGCUUUCAUCCUGCCGCUACUGGUUCUGCGACUUAGCUCUGGCAUCCCAGAUAAGUCUCAUCGUCUUCAUCAUCAUCCAGGUGUGUGCUCUUCUGUUGGCCUCUGUGAUCUUCUUCCUCCGGCGCUUCGACCGUCUGUCCAAAGAGGCCCGACGGACUACAGAGGAAAGCUUUGCUGGGGGAGACUCUGGUGGCAACGAAUAUGUCAUGCUGAAAGACAGAAGCACUUGACGGGGUCUAGAAACAUCCAGUCAUAUCACAGCUAGGCUAAGUUGAGGGGAUAUUAUAUUAACAUUUUAUCCUUUCACACAACAGAUCCACCACAAAUUGGUUGGUUACAAUAACAGUUUUGUACUCUGUGAUCGGGCCAUUUUUGAACAACAACAAAGAGCAGCCAUCCAAACUGAGACAUCACUGAUGUAUUUCCUCUCAUUUUCUUUAUCGCUUAAGUGUUAGAGGUAAAUUAAUACUUACAUAGAGUCAAAUGUGUUUAUUCAGAGACUGAAGUAACGGUCAUGAUGACAUGUUCAAUGCGCUUACACUUCUACAUUUUACAUACUGUACAUUCCACAGAACUCAACAGGGACAUUUUAUGUGACCUCCUGUAAUCGCAGGAACCUUUGUCUGUUCCAAAUGCUGAACAAUCUCCAUGAUUACUUUUAUCAACUAUCGGAAUGAUCAAAUUAGCAUGAACUGGGAGAAGUGGGUUAGCUGUGGGGGAAAAAAAACCUGAUUUCCAAGUCUGUUGCAUGUUUUUCUUUGCCCGUGCUGAAAAUAUUUCUUAACUGUAAUCUGAUGAGAUGCACUUAUGAUGAGAUGCACUUUCUCCUUUUAUAUAAAGUGUUUCUGUAUAGAUAUGUGGUUUGAAAUAAAUUACUUUAGUCUGAA